AUGAAGUUUACAACUUCAUGGUCUCUGGAGACAGGAUGCAGCCUUAAAAUUCAACUUUCACAUUUGUUGAAUGAUUCAUGUUGUCAAGAGGGAGGAGAAUGGCAUGAGCUCCUUCACAGUAAGUGCUGUGGAGUAGCAUUUGAUGCUUACCUCUAUGCACUGGGUCAGCGAGCAAAUCAAAUAGGGAAGGUUUACUUGGAUUCCACUGAGCAAAGAAAUUGUCUGUCUGGUAUAAAUAGUUUUGGUUGUGGAAUUGAGAACCUAACAAGUGGUGCUGGUGGAUGUUCUGACUUCUUGGUUGAUGAUGUUAUGAAUAAAUUAGGAAAUGAGCUUAGAAUUUUAGAAGAAAAUUGUCAACUUAUGACUUUAGGGAAUGAGUGGGAACAACAAUCAUGUCCUUCCUGCAUUAGGGCAUGGAAAAAUAUAGGAGGGGCAGAUUCCAAAAACACCAAAAUCAAAGGUGAAAAAAUUGAUUUUGAUGUCUGUAGAAUUGCUGUACUUGUGACAUUGAUAAGCAGCAAAAUUGAAAAUGAGAUGUAUGUUCACACAAUUGUUGAGUGCUCUUCUCUUCUUGACCAUCAACGCCUUUAUGUUGAAUUAGUAACAUUUGGAGACAUGUUAAAGAAAACUGCUUGUCCAAGAGUUUCUAUCAAGGAAGUGUAUGCUGCCACUAAACAUCUGAAUGAAAUGAAUAUCAUUGGGGAAGGAAGUGCAGGUAAGGUCUAUAAAGGCAAAAUGACAAGUAAUCAGCAUGUUGCAGUAAAGCACAUAAUCAAUGAUGAUGGAAAUAUGGAUACUUUUGUGAGAGAAGUUACAAGUUUAUCUCAUGUCAGACACCCAAAUCUUGUUGCUUUGCUGGGUUACUGUGUUAAGGGAGAUGAAUGUUUUCUUGUCUAUGAACUAUGUCCCAAUGGGAGUCUCUCUGAGUGGCUAUUUGGCAAGAACAAAGUGCUGUCAUGGAUACAGAGGCUAGAAAUUGCAAUUGAUAGUGCUCGAGGUCUUUGGUUUCUACACACAUAUCCAGGAGGCUGCAUAGUUCACCGUGAUAUCAAGCCAACAAAUAUUCUUCUUGGGUCUAAAUUUGAGGCAAAGCUAUCAGAUUUUGGACUGUCUAAAGUUAUUGAGGUGGGUGAAACGUAUGUUAGCUCAGAAGUGAGAGGAACUUUUGGAUAUGUUGAUCCUGAGUACCAAAGCAACCACCAUGUGAAUUCAUCUGGUGAUGUUUACAGCUUUGGCAUGGUACUUCUACAAAUACUCUCGGGAAAAAGGGUAUUAAAUUUGAAACUGAGGAAACCAAUGUCACUGAAUAAAAUGGCAAAAGUACUCACCAGAGGUGGCAGCAUAACAGAAUUUGCUGAUCCUAAACUUCAAGGGGAGUACUCAGAGGAAGCAUUUGAUUUUACACUUCAGUUGGCUCUAUCAUGCACAGCCCUUAACCAACAACGUCCAUCCAUGGAGCAGGUUGUCAAAAGACUAGAAGAGGCCUUAUUAAUUUCAAAAGGGAGGAUGGUUUCUACUACAGAAACUCCAGCAGACAAUAAAUCUAUUCCAUAG